ACAGAUAAAUACGAAAAAGCAUCAUGGAAUCGUGCGGGAUGAAUGUUAUCAAAUACAUCCUCUUUAUCUUCAAUUUAAUCUUCGCGAUAUCUGGUAUAGGUAUUAUUGUGGCUGGUGCGUUGGUGUUAAUAAAUGUCGGCGAAUUCGAUCAUUUCAUGGAAAGCAGGAUAAUAGCACCGCCUAUAGUGCUUAUAGUAGCGGGAUCAAUUGUUUUCGCCAUAGCUUUUCUAGGAUGUUAUGGAGCGAUAAAGGAGCAUUAUAACAUGUUGCUUGCAUUUGCGGUCGCAUUGUUAAUAAUCUUCAUAAUUGAGCUCGCGGUGGGCAUAGCGGCGGCAGUGUUAAAAAGCGAUUUCAGCAUAGAGAUGAAGAAUACCCUAAAGGAAUCGAUGAAAAACUAUACGGAGACUGACAAGCAAGCUUGGGAUAACGUGCAGAAAAAGCUGCAAUGUUGCGGUGUGGAUGGUCCUAGAGAUUGGAUUGAAUCUAGUGGAGCAUAUCCAGCAAGAGAAUUCCCGUCAUCUUGUUGCGAUGAUAGAGUAUCGAUCUGUCAAUUCGUUAAUGCAAAUACAGAAGGAUGCUUUAAGAAGUUGGAAAUGAGAGUUCAAAAUGGAGCGACAGUCUUAAUCGGUGUGGGCAUCGGAAUAGCUUUUGUGGAGGCGAGUAAAAUUGCCGGUAUCGUCCUUGCUUGUUGCCUCGCAGCGGCUAUAAAAAAAGAAAGCGAUAAAUGA